AAAAAUAAAAUAAAAAAGAAAUGGUAUUUGAAAGUAAAAAUCGUCGGCUAUCCAUCGAAAAAGCUCAAGACAGAAAAGAAAGUGGCUACGACGUUUUGUUGGUUAAGCCAUUAACAGAAAGAUUGACAUGCCCAUUUUGUAUGAAGUUGAUGCGCAAUCCGAUUCAAACAUUUCGAGGCGAAUUAGCUUGUGAAUAUUGCUAUCAAAUCCAUAAAACUGACGCAAACAUAUGCCCAAUCGACAAAGAAAAAAUAAUACCAGGAAAUGUGAAUAGAGAUAAAUUUCAGGAAAUGAUCAUUCAGAAUCUACAAUGUUUUUGUAUCAACAAAGAACGCGGAUGUUGUUGGCAAGAAAGAGUUGCUAAAGUUGAGGCAAGAAUGUUUGUUGCAAAAAAUUUUUUUAAGAAACUGAAUUAAUAAUCUGCUACCUGAGAUCGAAUU